GGGUCUCCAUUUAUUGCUUUUGGUGGACUUCAACUAGGAAUUAGCUAGCUGAUCUGUCGGUAUUGUGAUCUCUGGUUACCUUUUUAUGCUCAAAGCUUGACGUUCUGUUAAGCUCUGAAAUGGAUAAUCUAUCUCAGGCCUCAGGCGGACAGUUUCGACCUAAUAUCCCAGCACAACCAGGCCAGACAUUCAUUUCCUCAUCUGCCCCACAGUUCCAGUCAGCAGGGCAGAAUAUAUCUUCUUCAAAUGUUGGAAUUCCAGCUGGUCAAGUCCAGCCACAUCAGUAUCCUCAAUCAGUGCCACAGUUUGUGCCAAGGCCAAGCCAUCGAGGCUAUAUCACUCCUUUGUCCCAGGGUAUUCAAAUGCCUUAUGUUCCGACAAGGUCUCGUACUUCUGUUCCACCUCAGAGUCAGCAAAACGUGCCUGCACCAAAUAAUCAAAUGCAUGGUCUGGGUUCUCAUGGACUACCUAUUUCUUCACCAUAUACUCCAAUGUCACAAAUGCAUGUACCUGUUGGAGUUGGUAAUAGCGAACCUUUGAUGUCUUCUGUAAGCCAGGCUACAAACUCAGUCUCACAGAUUGAGCAAGCUAACCAGCAUUCUUCAGUUUCUACCGUAAACCUAGCUGCUAAUGUUCCUGUCUUCAAUCAUCCAUCUGAUUGGCAAGGGCAUGCAUCAGCUGAUGGAAAAAGGUACUAUUACAACAAAAAAACCAAACAGUCCAGUUGGGAAAAGCCAUUGGAACUUAUGACACCACUUGAGAGAGCUGAUGCAUCAACUGUGUGGAAGGAAUUUACGUCUCCAGAUGGAAGAAAGUACUAUUACAAUAAGGUGACAAAAGAAUCAAAGUGGACCAUGCCAGAAGAACUGAAGUUGGCUCGCGAGCAGGCUCAAAAAGAAUCUGUCCAAGGAACACAAACAGAUAUGGCUGUUACAACGUCUCAACCUACACCUACUGUUGGUCUUUUCCAUGCUGAAACGCCGGCAAUUUCUACCAUUAGCUCCAGCAUUUCUCCAACUGUUUCUGGGGUUGCAUUGAGUCCAGUUCCAGCUGCUCUUUUUGUUUCUGGUCCUCCUGCUGUGGUCCAUGCCAAUGCUUCGUCAAUGACUGCUUUUGAAAGCCUUGCAUCUCAAGAUGUAAAAAAUCCUGUUGAUGAAACUUCUACGGAGGACAUUGAGGAAGCAAGGAAGAGAAUGGCAGUUGCAGGAAAAGUUAAUGAGACUGUCUUAGAGGAAAAAUAUGCUGACGAUGAACCAUUGGUAUUCGCCAACAAGCUGGAGGCAAAGAGUGCAUUUAAAGCGCUUCUGGAAUCUGUAAAUGUUCAGUCUGAUUGGACGUGGGAGCAGGCUAUGCGAGAAAUAAUUAAUGACAAAAGAUAUGGCGCCUUGAAAACUCUUGGUGAGCGGAAGCAAGCUUUCCAUGAGUAUUUAGGACAUAGAAAAAAGUUGGAUGCAGAAGAAAGACGCAUAAGACAGAAAAAAGCUCGUGAGGAAUUCAUCAAGAUGUUGGAUGAGUCCAAGGAACUCACAUCAUCUACCAGAUGGAGCAAAGCCGUUAGUAUGUUUGAGAAUGAUGAACGGUUCAAAGCCGUUGAACGUUCUAGAGAUCGGGAGGAUCUUUUUGAAACCUGCAUAGUGGAACUUGAGAGGAAGGAAAAAGAAAGGGCUGCAGAGGAGCACAAGAAAAAUAUUACUGAAUAUAGGGAAUUUCUUGAGUCUUGUGAUUACAUAAAGGUGAGUAGCAAAUGGCGGAAAGUACAAGAUCGAUUGGAAGUUGAUGAGAGAUGCUUAUACCUUGAGAAACUUGAUCGCUUGCUUAUUUUCCAGGACUAUAUGCGUGAGUUGGAAAAGGAGGAAGAGGAACAGAAGAAGAUACAAAAGGGACGUUUGCGAAGAAUUGAAAGAAAAAACCGCGAUGAGUUCCGCCAACUCAUGGAAGAACACAUUACCGCUGGUGUUCUUACAGCUAAGACUUUUUGGCGUGAUUACUGUUUGAAGGUUAAGGAGUUGCCUCAGUAUCAAGCUGUUGCUUCAAAUAUAUCUGGCUCAACACCAAAGGACUUGUUUGAGGAUGUUCUGAAGGAAUUAAAAACUAAGUAUCACAAAGAAAAGGCUCAGAUAAAAGAUGUGAUGAAGGCAGCGAAGGUUACCAUCACUUCAUCAUGGACAUUUGAUGACCUUAAGGCUGUCAUUGAAGAGGGUGCUCCUCUUGCACUUUCAGAUAUAAAUUUUAAGCUUGUAUAUCAGGAUUUACUAGAAAGAGCCAAAGCAAAGGAGCAGAAAGAAGCCAAAAGGCGUCAACGUUUGGCUGAUGACUUCUCAAGACUGCUUCAGUUAUUCAAGGAGAUUUCAGCUUCUUCCAACUGGGAGGAUAGCAAACAGCUUUUUGAAGAGAGUGAAGACUACAGAUCAAUUGGGGAAGAGACCUUCGCGAAGGAAGUUUUUGAGGAAUACGUAGUGCAUUUACAAGAAAAGGCAAAAGAAAAGGAACGCAAGGGUGAGGAGGAGAAGGCUAAAAAGGAAAAAGAAUGCGAGGAAAAGGAGAAAGAGCGAAAGGAGAAGGAAAGAGAACGUGAAAAAGAAAAGGGACGUGUUAAGAAGGAUGAAACUGAUAGCGAAAAUAUAGAUGCAAACAAAACUCGUGUCUACAGAGAAAAGAAAAGGGAAAAAAACAAAGACAGGAAACGUCGGAAGCGGCAUCAUAGUGCCACUGAUGAUGGUGGUUCUAAUAAAGAUGAGAGAGAGGAGUCUAAGAAGUCUUGCAAACGUGGCAGUGACCGAAAAAAGUCAAGGAAGCACGCAUAUUCACCUGAAUUAGACAGUGAGAGUAGGCACAGAAGACACAAGAGAGAACAUCGAGAUGGUUCAUGUAGAAAUGACGGACAUGAUGAACUUGAAGAGGGGGAGCUUGGAGAGGAUGGGGAAAUUCAAUAGCCGUCGUUAGCUUUCGAUUUCAGGAUUUGGUUUCUACGGUUUGCAAGGGCAGAGCGAUCAAUGUGAUUUUAAUUGGCCAGGGAUGGCAACUGCUGAAAAGAAUUCUUUUGAAGAGGAGAUGAAGGGUGACCCAGUUAUCAUUCUUCCAUUGUCUGUUAGUGGAUACAUCUGUAGUGUCCUACAGGAGUUAGUGGCGUAUAUAAACCAGCCAUUUUUAUUACUUGUGACCUGGUUUUGUAAGUCGCUACUUCCCUCGUCUACUGUAAUUCUGUCGAGAAUAAUAAAUCCACAGGCUGCUUAUUUGCGGUUCUCUCAACUGAUUUGAAGUUCGAUUAUUGAGAUUA